AUUCUGUCAUUCAUUCCUAUCAUUCAUUAUUUUUCUAUUUAUUUUCAUUGUGUAUCGUUGAAUUCGUGAUGAUAAAAUAGAAAAAAAUCAUAAUAAAUCGUAAAUGGUGUGUGUUUUAGAUCUGCAUCUUAUCUAUAGAUAGCUGCAAUAAAUGUGAUAUAAAGAAGCAUCUUUAAAGAAAAACACAAGUUACAAUGGAAGGUCAAGAUCAGAUGGAGCUGAAGUUCAGUGGGAGCAGUGAGGUUGGGGGACUGGAGCUGUGUAUUGUGUGCGGAGACAGGGCCUCCGGAAGACACUAUGGAGCCAUCAGCUGUGAAGGCUGCAAAGGUUUCUUCAAGCGCUCAAUACGCAAGAAGCUAGGCUACCAGUGCCGCGGCAGCAUGAACUGUGAAGUCACCAAACACCAUCGCAACCGCUGCCAGUACUGUCGUCUGCAAAAAUGUCUCGCUUGCGGCAUGAGAAGCGACUCGGUCCAGCACGAACGCAAGCCGAUCGUGGACAAGUCUAAGGGCGAACAGAGGGAGGCCAUCCACGACAGACAGGCUGCUUACUCCAAGUUCCUGGGACUAGCUGGCCAGGGACAAGCCGGACAGAUAAACCCUAAGGAGGAGCCUAGCGAUGCGUUCGGCGCGGUGUCCCCGGCGCCUGCCAUCAACUUUGCCCUCGCUGCCGCCGUAGCAUUCAACAAGGGUAACCCAGUGUCGCCGUACCUGACUCCGGGCAACGCUGGUGACAUCGAGGGAGCUCGCAGACAACAGCUCAUGCUGCAAACACAGCUCGCCAAGAAUCUCUUCAAGAUGGGACAGUUCGGUGCAAUCAACGAGUACCUGCAGUCUGCGUACGGCGCGAGUCCGGCCGAGGGGCCCCUCGCGGCACUACACGCCGCGGACACACAACCCAAUGACGUGGAAUCAGGGCAGGGCAUCCUGAGCACUCCAGAGUCAGUGCAGCUGUGCGUGUCGCUGCCGGGCCCCGCGCCGCCGCACCUGCGCCUGCACGCCGUCUGCGAGGCGGGCGCGCGCCUGCUGGCCGCCGCCGCGCGCUGGCUGCGGGCCGUCCCCGCCGCGCAUGCCCUGCCGUUCGAAGUCCAGGUGACCUUGCUGAAGAAGUGUUGGCCGGAGCUGUUCGUGCUGAGCCUGUCGAUGUUCUCGGUGCAGCUGUCGCUGGGCGCGCUGCUGCCGCAGCUGGUGGGCCACCUGCAGGCCGAGCUGCGCGCGCGCGCCGCCGGCGACGGCCUGCACCGCCCGCACGACCACGCCGUGCCCGAGAUAUCGGCGAGCGACUACUCGGACGAGCGCGUGGCGGAGGUGUCCGUGAGUCUGUCGCGGCUGCAGCAGUUCCUGUCGCACAUGGAACAACUGCGGCUGCAGCAGAGGGAACACGCGCAUCUACGCGCUCUGUGUCUGUUCUCACCCGAUGGUGUACCAGAGUUUUUAACCCGUAAGCUGCAAGACUACCAAAUCAAAGUGCUCCGUUCCCUCCGAGCCACCUGUCAGGAUGAGGACCGGUUAGCCACCCUGCUACUCCAGCUUCCAGUCCUAAGGACCUUUUCCGGACCGUUCCUGGAAGAUGUAUUCUUCGUAGGCUUUGUGGGAGACGUCAGCAUCGAUGAUGUUAUACCUUAUUUACUGAAUGGUGAACGCUAAGGUAACAUUUUCGACCAAAAGUUGUGGUUUCUUUUAAUAGAUUUUCUUGUGAAACUUUAUUUAGUUCAGUCUUUUUGGACAUUUUGAAGCGAAAGCUGAUUUUCGUGACCAUUUGCCAUGCGUAACUCUUUUAGUAGGCAUGAUGUUAAUGUGGAUUUUUACAUCUUCACAAUGUAUGGAGGAAAAACCUUAAAUGGCUUGUCUAAUGAGUUUUUGAAGUAAUUUAGUGUAUGUGGUCCAGUGACUUACGACUUAAGUUGACAAAAAACCCAAUAGUGGCAGAAAAAUACACUAAAUUAUUAUAUAGCCGUCAUUUUUUGACCUUUUGAAAAAGAAGAAGUUCUGAAUUGGACGUGUACGUAUGUAUGUCCGCCAUUGUCUCGCGACUAGCUUAAACUAUUUCGAUGUGAUUGUAAGAAGUGUUUGUUUACACCUAAGAGCAGGUUUUAGUAUACUAAAAGAAUUUAUUAAGAAGGUUGAAGUCGUUUUUAGAAACGACGAUUAUUGAAUAUUAUUCUACCUGAUGACUGAUGAAUCGUAGUCAUCAUUCCUAAAUGACUGGCGAAAAUUGGAUGUUAUUUUUAAUAUGUGCGCUGUCCACUUCUGCCUUCCCUUUCUAGGAGUCGAAAGGCGUGAUGUUAUGAUGAUAAUAUUAUUUUAUAAUACAGUAGUUUUGAGAAAAAUUGGACUAAGACUAACUUUUAAUAUAUUAAUAAAAUAUCCUAUUUACAAACUUACUGUACUGAAAUACAUAUAAUUACCUAAGACGUAAUUUUAUGUAUAAAACAUCCAGUUGUACCUUUUUAGUCCAAUUUGACUGAAAACUACUAAAUAAUUAACUAUUUUAAGUACUAAAGCCAGUAUGUAAGAUAGUAUGUGGUUCGGUGCUCUGCGCGUGCGCACACAAUCAUUCCUUCCAAUAAAAAAUAAUAUUAAGCUAUAAUAUUUUAAUUAUUAAAGAUUUUAACGUAUUUACAUAAGACAAUAAUUGAAUUUUAUAAAAAUAUUUGUAAGUAACACUAUUGUUACUAAGUUGUGAAGGAGUUAUUAAAAUAGCUGCUUUUGUUAUUAUUAUUAAUAAAUCAUAAUAAUGUCUUCGUUUAUUUUAGUUGAUUUUGUUACUAAGGCUAUGUUUUAACCGACUAUUUGGAAAGAUGGAGGUUUGUAAUUAGCUUUAUUAACUUAUAAAUGUGUAGAAUUGUUUACUAUGGUUACAAUUUGAUACAUUUUACUUGAAGCAUAUAGAAACUAGCUCGCAGGGAUUUACUUACUGCUCGGCUCCUAUUCGUCGUAGCUUGGU